AUGACAGAUCACACGGAUGGAUCAAGUUUCGAUAUAGAGCUUCUAGACAACCAGCUCCAGAUUAGGAAAAGAUGCAGACCUCCAGUUUAUCCGGAAAUAUCUACUGGAUGGAUCAGAACUGGACAAGGAGAAGCUAAGUACUACUGGUGGAAUAGAAAAGUUGGAUUUGCCACAAGGAAAGACGUGUGUUGUCACUGCGCUGUUGAUGGAGUACAGCGAGAUGCCAACUUGCUCAAACAGUAUCGUGUUGUUCUGCCUGUGUAUAAUCAUGAACUCAGCUUUGAUGAGGGCACAUGUCCCUUCAAAGGUAGAGUGAAAUUUCGGGUUUAUAGUCCGAUGAAAUUUAAUAAAUUUGGCAUAAAGUUAUACCAAGUUUGUGAGGCUGGAAGUGGCUAUUGUGUCGGUUUCCAUAUAUAUGAUGGAACAGAGGGUGGUGCCGCAUAUGCUGAGGUAUUAGACCUUGGCAAUGAGGAGUUAUCUACCACUACAAAAGUGAUUUGGUUGGUUGGGAGAUACAACUCCAUCAAACAUUUGGAGGCUGUAGGCAGGCUACCAGCAAGGUCGGUGAAGUCGACAGAUGGGGUUUUGACGAAGCCGAGUGAUGGUUCAUCAUCUGCUCCAGUAACGAACUGCAACGGGACAACGUCUACGUCAAGGACACAGACAUCGGUCUACGCCUACACGAAUUCAUACAGCUUGGACGACCACACAGACAACACACAUCAAGUAACGGAGCUCAGUGAGGCAACACACACCAGUCAGCCUAGGGUAAGGACGUUAACUCCCAAGGCUAAGGAACUGUACGAGGAUGCAGUCCAAAGUCACAACAAAUUUUAUGAGGAUAUGUGGAUAGAAUUAGAUUCCCAUCUUCGACGUGUAAAAGGUGAAGGUAGGAAAUUAGAUCUCGAUUCCCUGAUCGACCUUGAGAGAAACAUACGGGAAUGUACUGGUAGCCUUGAUAAACUCCAAUCCAGUUUCUUCGAUUAUCUGAAACGCAAAAACACAGAAGAGAGCCUUGAACUAGUCAUAGAUCAAUCUAUUAAGGAAUUAGGCACGUGUAUGGAGCGGGCAGAGAAGCAAAAGUCAAUUGAGCCUGCAUUAUCUUCGAGACAAUCCAGUGCUGGGUCUAGUUCGAAAAAUUCAAGUGUGAUUUCUGUCAUCGCUAGAAAAAAGGCAAAGGCUGAGGCACAGAAGGCACGCCUGCAAUAUGCUGAACAAGAGGCGGCCCUAAAGAAGAGACAGGCAAGGCUUGAACUGGAAAGUGCUCGAGCUAGCGCAGCAGCCAAACUGGAGAAAGCCGACCUAGAAGCCGAUCUUGACCUACUUACACAAAAGAAGGAGGUCGCUGCUGCGGAAGCGGAAGCGGAAGCCCUUGAGGACUCGGAGGAGUUUAACCUAACUCAUAACCACGAUAGGAUAAAGGCUAUUCCGAAAUUUGACACGCAGCAACGAACAAGAGCCUAUGUCGAAGAAACAGUAUUUCAUGAUCAUAGUGCUGAACUCCCGGUGACAGCAGACCCACACUUGCAUUUACCUAUGAAUCCAAAUGCACCUGUUUUUACUACGGCAACCAAUACGGACACAGGUAUAGCUAUGGACCUCACCCGUUUUCUGUUGAAGAAGGAUCUUCUUCUCUCAAGGUUAACAAAUUUUGAUGACAGACCAGAGUCAUACCAAACCUGGAAAUCAAGCUUUAAGUCAAUCAUGGCAGAUCUUAACGUCACCCCAAGAGAUGAGAUGGAUUUGCUUGAGAAAUGGUGUGGACCCGAAUCUAAACGACAUGUCGUAAGUCUCAAAGCUUCAAACUUCGGAUUCCCAGAAAGAGGACUUUUGAGAGUAUGGGAGCGUCUUGACGAACGGUUUGGGGCACCAGAGAUGAUAGAAGCUUCACUUAGACAGAGGUUAGCGAGCUUUCCUAAGCUUACACCAAGAGACACCAAGAAACUGUUUGAUCUAUCAGAUUUAGCAUCCGAAAUUGAAUCACUCAAGGAGGAUAGCCAAUAUAAGUCUCUUUUAGGAUACUUCGACUCAUCGACAGGAGUCUCGCCAAUUGUGUCCAAACUUCCACAUAACCUACAAGAGAGAUGGACCAAUGCUGCAAUAAAGUUUACAAAAACACACCAUGUCGCAUUUCCUCCAUUCAGUUUCUUCUCUGAAUUUUUGAGAGAUCUAAGUAAAGUGAAAAACAAUCCAAGUAAAGUGAAAAACAAUCCCAGUUUCACAUAUGACCAACCUAAUGGAAGCAAGAAUGAUAAGACUGUACAAAGGAAUCCUCAAGAGAGAAAGAACAUCUCAGUCAGGAAAACCAACGCUGAUAGCAUACAAAACAGUGACAGAAACAGAAAGAUUUGUUUUCUACACAACGUUAGUUCCCACACUCUCAACAAAUGUAGGGCCUUCCUUACCAUGUCGAUGGAGGAGAGGAAGAAGUUGUUGCGGGAUAAGAAGGUCUGCUUCCGGUGUUGUGAAUCGACGUCACACAUCAGUCGCAACUGUGAUGUGAAACAACCUUGUAGCGAAUGUAAUAGUGAAAGGCACUGCACAGCACUCCACCUUGAGCAUCAGUCAAAUUCAGGCUCCUUAGAGUACGGCGAGGAGCCUGCAUCACUGGUAUCUAAAUCUCCUGUCCAAGUUAACUGCACGCAGAUCUGUGGCAAUAAGUUCAAAGGGAAAUCAUGUGCCAAAAUUGUUCUUGUUGACGCGUUCCAUCAAGACCGACCCACAGACCGCAUAAGACUUUAUGCUAUGAUUGACGACCAGAGCAAUAUGUCACUGGCCAAAUCACAAUUAUUUGACCAACUUGACAUUAAAGGAAAACAACACAACUACGUGUUAUCUUCGGUGUCCGGGGUUUCGAAGACCACAGGCAGAAACUCGACUAAGGUUAUCGUUGAACCUGUAGACAGGUCUAUAAGUCUUGACAUUCCCAUCCUGUUAGAAUGUGACCGCGUCCCUGAAAUUCGCGAUGAAAUACCUACUCCUGAGGUAGCCGAAAACUACGCCCAUCUCAGAGACGUUGCCAAGUGUAUUCCUCCUAUUGACAACACUGCUCACAUUUUGAUGCUUAUUGGAAGGGACGUAAUUAGAGCUCAUCAUGUUUUGGACCAGAGAAUAGGACCAUCAAACACGCCAUAUGCCCAGAAACUCCCUCUCGGUUGGGUCAUAAUCGGAGAGACUUGCUUAGGAAGGACUCACAUUCCAGAACUAGUAAAUGUUUGUAAAACCAAUUUCCUAGCAGAUGGCCGACCAUCACUCUUCAAACCCUGUCCGAACGAAUUUGAGUGCAUCUACGAUGCGAACAGGUCCUUAAAGGAGCUUGAUGUAUUAGGAAAACAUGUGUUCCAUCGUACAAAAGAGGAUGAGAAAGUCAGUAUGUCACAGGAAGACCGAAGGUUUCUCGGCAUCAUGAAAGAAGAGCUUGUGGAAGGUAAUGAUGGUAAAUGGAUAGCUCCACUGCCAUUCCGCGAUCCACGACCAAGAUUGACUAACAACCGAACACAAGCUGUUAAACGAGCAAGAACCCUGGAUACCAGUCUGCGAAAGAACCCCGUGAAGCGACAGCACUUCGUAGACUUAAUGGAAAAGAUAUUCAGUAGUGGCCACGCCGAGUUAGCGCCGGCGCUUAAGGACAGCGAAGAAUGUUGGUAUUUACCAAUUUUCGGUGUAUACCACCCGCGGAAACCGGAGCAACUUAGAGCAGUGUUUGACUCCUCGGCAAGGCACAAUGGAGUUUCAUUGAACGAUGUCCUCAUGUCUGGUCCAGACCUUGCAAAUAGCUUGCUUGGAGUACUGAUGCGGUUCCGAAGGGAGUCGGUGGCUAUAGUAGGAGACAUUGAGCAAAUGUUUUAUUGCUUUCAAGUAAGGGAAGACCACAGGAACUACUUAAGGUUCUUAUGGUACAAGGACAACAAUCCGGAAAAUGAGUUGGUGGAAUAUCGCAUGUGCGUCCACGUCUUCGGAAACAGUCCUUCUCCUGCCAUUGCCACCUUAGGACUUCGAAAGUCAGCCGAAGGAAAUGAUGAUGACGUUUCCGACUUUGUCACUAAUGACUUCUACGUGGAUGACGGGCUUACCUCAUUACCAACUGUCGACGAAGCUGUUGACCUUAUGAAAAGAACACAGCAUGCACUUCACCAAGGAGGGAAACUACGCUUACACAAAAUUGCCUCUAAUAGGGAUGAAGUUAUGAACUCUUUUCCUGCAGACGACCUUGCAAAAGGUGUUAAGGAUCUCGAUUUAGGAUGUGAACCACUGCCUAUUCAGUGUAGCUUGGGAGUCAGUUGGAGUUUGGAAACCGACUCGUUUCUUUAUCAAGUCUCAACAGAAGCUAAACCAUACACGCGCAGGGGCAUACUGUCAACUGUCAACGGGAUCUUCGACCCGUUAGGAUUUUUGGCUCCAGUAGUAAUCGAUGGGAAACACUUUUUGAGAUCUCUUAUUCAUGGAACCAAAGAUUGGGAUGAACCUCUCCCCGCAGAACAUCGCAUACAAUGGGAACUCUGGAGAGACUCUCUUGAACACCUACAACAUGUUCGUAUACCUCGGACCUACGCACAGUUUUCAUUCAAACUAUCUAUUGACAGUACCGUCCAUGUCUUCUCUGAUGCCUCCGAGAAAGCUAUCGCUGCAGUAAGUUAUCUACAUACAAAGGAUGGAAACGGAAAACAAGAUAUUGGAUUCAUUCUUGGCAAGGCUAAGGUAGCCCCCCUCCAUGGCCAUACGAUACCGAGACUGGAAUUGUGUGCUGCAGUAUUGGCCGUGGACAUAGCAGAGACAGUAUCUGACCACUUACAUAUCCCUCUUGAGAAAUUUCGAUUCCACACCGAUAGCAAAGUUGUACUUGGUUACAUAUACAACAAAACAAGGAGGUUUUAUACAUAUGUAGCCAAUAGGGUAGAACGCAUUAUACACGUGACGGACGCAGAUCAAUGGUCGUAUGUGCAAACAGAUAGAAAUCCAGCAGAUGAAGGGACAAGAUCAGUACCCGCCCAGGCUAUUCAAGACAGCAUGUGGCUCAAUGGACCUACUCGUCUUACUACGAUUAAUGAUAUGACAUCAGAGCAUGUGUUUGAUCUACAUGAACCAGAAGAUGACAAAGAGGUAAGGCCCCAGGUUCAAAGUCUAAAGACAGACGUCAAACAGUCACCACUUGGUUCUCAUCGCUUCGCAAGAUUUUCUACUUGGAGGACCCUUAUCAGGGCUAUUAUGACACUGACGCAUGUUGCACAGUCCAUUGUCAGCAAGUCCGAGUGUAGGGGUUGGCAUAUUUGCAGUAAGGACAGAAGUGUUGCUGCUUACCACAAAGCCGAACAAUUCGUGGUUAAGGAGGUGCAAAAAGAGGCAUAUCCGGAAGAACUAGACAGUCUCGAACGCGAUCAACUUCUUCCAAACGGAAGUUCGAUUCUGUCACUGAACGCAUUUUUGGAUCAGGAUGGAAUUCUACGAGUAGGCGGACGCCUAAAUCAAAGCCAUGUUCAACAGAAUGAAAUGAAUCCAAUCAUCAUCCCUGGGAAGCAUCAUGUCGCAUUACUUCUCGUGAGACUAUUUCAUGAACAGGUUAAACACCAAGGGCGAAAUUUCACAGAAGGAGCCGUGAGGACAGCCGGAUAUUGGAUAACGGGCUGUAAGCGCUUGGUAUCAACGGUCUUGCAUGCGUGCGUGAAAUGUCGUAAACUUCGAGGGAAAUUGGAGCACCAAUUGAUGGCAGACAUACCUUCCGACCGACUUCAACCUGGCCCACCAUUCACCAACGUCGGUGUGGACACUUUCGGUCCAUGGCAGAUUGUUAGCAGGCGUACUCGUGGUGGUUCAGCCCAAGCAAAACGCUGGGCAAUUAUGUUCACAUGCCUCACCACCAGGGGUAUCCACAUAGAGGUGGUAGAAGAUCUGAGUUCGUCGUCUUUUAUUAAUGCCUUCAGAAGGUUUACCGCUGUGAGGGGCCAUGUAAAACAGAUCCGAUCAGAUCGUGGCACUAAUUUCAUUGGCGCGGUGGAUGAUCUGCAGAUUAACGCCUUUAAGGUUGAGGAAGAAGCAGUGAAGACAUUCCUAUACGACCGCGGAACUACCUGGCUUUUCAACCCACCGCACGCACCACAUAUGGGCGGGGCUUGGGAAAGGAUGAUAGGUGUCUCACGUCGCGUUCUUGAGUCAAUGCUGACAACAGUGAUGGACACUAAUUUGACUCACGAAGUACUCGUUACCUUCCUAGCUGAGGUUUGCGCGAUCGUUAACGCCAGGCCACUAGUACCCGUGUCUUCAGAUCCGGAGGAUCCAUUUCCAAUCAGUCCGGCUACACUUCUGACACAGAAACCAGACACCAUCAUCGAACCAUUUGUGCCUCUUGAUAAUUCUAGUUUGCACAAGGCGCAGUGGAAAAGAGUGAAGGUUCUAGCCGACACAUUUUGGAAGCGCUGGAGAGCCCAAUACCUCCAUACUCUACAACCUCGACGGAAAUGGAAUGACAAGCGCAAGAAUAUCGCGAUAGGGGAUAUCGUGCUACUUAGGGACAAGGAGGUAUCAAGGAACAACUGGCCAUUGGGUUAUGUCGCAAGGGUCUUCCCAAGCAAUGACGGUUUAGUUCGAACGGCAGAGGUCAAGAUUACUUCCGGACAAGGAAAGCCUGUGUUAUAUGUACGACCGAUCAACGAACUGAUCUUACUUCUUGGAGACAACAAAGGCUGA